AUGGCUAAAAGCAGGUUUGAAUAUGUAAAAUCAUUUGAACAGAAUGAUUCCUGUCUUCCAAAUUGCUGGUUGGUUGUACGGAUAGAUGGAAAAGGUUUCCACAGGUUCUCUGAAGUUCAUCAUUUUGUAAAACCAAAUGAUGACCGAGCUUUACAGUUGAUGUCUCGUGCUGCACAGUGUGUUAUGGAAGAAUUCAAGGAUAUUAUUUUAUGCUAUGGUCAAAGUGAUGAAUAUAGUUUUGUGUUUAAAAAGAAUACACAACUUUAUUGUAGGCGGGCAAGCAAACUUAUGACAAAUGUUGUUAGUCUCUUUGCAUCAUCUUUUGUGUUUAUCUGGCCACAGUAUUUCAGCAGCCAAGAACUUCAGUAUCCACCUGCCUUUGAUGCACGUAUUGUUUGCUACCCUUCAGACCAAAAUCUGAAAGAUUAUUUCAGUUGGCGACAAGCUGAUUGUCACAUUAAUAAUUUAUACAAUACUUGUUUCUGGAAACUUGUUCAAGAAAAAGGAUUAACUCCUGCACAAUCUCAAGAAAAGCUGAAGGGUACACUUUCCAGUGAUAAAAAUGAAAUCUUGUUCACAGAAUUCAACAUCAAUUAUAACAAUUUACCAGAAAUCUACAGGAAAGGAACAAUUUUAAUUAGACAAAAGAAAGGCAAUACAGAAUCCCAAACUCCCAGCUGUACAACUUCCUCUUAUUACUGCCAACAAAACAAAAAGACAAGACCUAGGAUAUCAAUGCUGCAUGUAGACAUUAUUGGAAAUAGUUUUUGGAAUGAACACCCAGAAUUAUUAGAGAGUUAA